AUGGCUACGUCUAUACUUGGGGAAGAGCCACGCUUUGGAACCACGCCCUUGGCCAUGCUGGCCGCCACUUGCAAUAAGAUCGGCAACACCAGCCCGCUCACCACCUUGCCGGAGUCGAGCGCCUUCGCCAAGGGCAGUUUCCACCCCUGGAAGCGCUCCACGUCCAGCUGCAACCUGGGCUCCAGCCUGUCUGGCUUCACGGUGGCCACCAGCCGCGGCUCCAGCGGGCUCGCCAGCGGCAGCGGCGCAGCCAACAGCGCCUUCUGCCUGGCCUCCACCUCGCCCACCUCGUCGGCCUUCAGCAGCGACUACAGCGGCCUCUUUUCCAACUCGGCGGCAGCGGCGGGAGUGUCCCCUCAGGAGCCGGGUGGGCAGUCGGCUUUCAUCUCCAAAGUGCACAGCUCGGCGGCGGAGAGCUUGUACCCGCGCGUGGGCAUGGCGCACCCCUACGAGUCGUGGUACAAAUCCGGCUUCCACUCCACUCUGGCGGCGGGCGAGGUGGCCAACGGGGCGGCCUCCUCCUGGUGGGACGUGCACACCAAUCCGGGCUCGUGGCUGGAGGUGCAGAACCCUGCCGGGGGCUUGCAAACCUCGCUGCACGCGGGCGCCCCCCAGGCCUCCCUCCACUCCCAGCUGGGCACCUACAACCCGGCCGACUUCAGCUCCCUCACGCACUCGGCUUUCAGCUCUACCGGCCUGGGCUCCACGGCAGCCUCGCACCUGCUGUCCACCAGCCAGCACCUGCUGACCCAGGAGGGCUUCAAGCCCGUCCUGCCCUCCUACACGGACUCCAGCGCCGCCGUGGCCGCCGCCAGCGCCAUGAUCUCAGGGGCGGCGGCGGCUGCAGCUGGGGGAGGCUCCGCGCGCUCCGCUCGGCGCUACUCGGGCAGGGCCACUUGCGACUGCCCCAACUGCCAGGAGGCCGAGCGGCUGGGGCCGGCGGGCGCGAGCCUAAGGCGCAAAGGGCUCCACAGCUGCCACAUCCCCGGCUGCGGCAAGGUCUACGGCAAGACGUCGCACCUCAAGGCGCACCUGCGCUGGCACACGGGCGAGCGGCCCUUCGUGUGCAACUGGCUCUUCUGCGGCAAGCGCUUCACCCGCUCCGACGAGCUCCAGCGGCACCUGCGGACUCACACCGGCGAGAAGCGCUUCGCCUGCCCGGUCUGCAACAAGCGCUUCAUGCGCAGCGACCACCUGAGCAAACACAUUAAAACGCACAACGGGGGAGGCGGGGGCAAAAAGGGCAGCGACAGCGACACAGACGCCAGCAACUUGGAGACGCCCCGGUCCGAGUCCCCAGACCUCAUCUUGCACGAGGCGCGAGGCAAAGACUCCACAGCGGGGCCGAAUGACUCGUAG